UCCCUGACAAUGGCCUGGGCUGGCAACCAGACUCUCAUCUCCCACUUUGUCCUCCUGGGCCUCUUCUCCCGCUCGCCGCUGCACCUCUUCCUCUUCUCCGUUAUCAUGGUCAUGUUCCUGGUGGCCCUCUCUGGCAACGGGCUCAUGAUCCUCCUCAUCCUCAUGGACUCUCGCCUGCACAGCCCCAUGUACUUCUUCCUCAGCUGGCUGUCGCUCAUGGACCUCAUGCUCAUCUCCACCAUUGUGCCACGGAUGGCUGCUGACUUCCUCAUGGGCCGUGGCUCCAUCUCCUUCACAGGCUGCGGACUCCAGAUCCUCUUCUUCCUCACCCUCCUGGGGGAUGAGUGCUUCCUGCUGGCCUUCAUGGCCUAUGACCGCUAUGUGGCCAUUAGCAACCCCCUGAGGUAUUCUGUAGUCAUGAGCCGCCGUGUCUGCUGGCUCAUGGUAGCAGGGUCUUGGCUCUUUGGCCUGGUGGAUGGGCUCAUCCAGGCUGUUUUUACACUCCGCUUCCCCUACUGUGGCUCCCAGGAGAUUGACCACUUCUUCUGUGAGGUCCCUGCUGUGCUCAAGCUGGCCUGUGCUGACACCUCCCUCUACGAGACCAUGAUCUAUGUCUGCUGUGUCCUCAUGCUGCUCCUGCCCUUUUCUGUCAUCUCUGCCUCCUACAUCCGGAUCCUGGUGGCAGUGCUCCGAAUGCGCUCUGCAGAAGGCCGGCAGAAGGCCUUUGCCACCUGUUCCUCCCACAUGAUGGUGGUCUCCCUCUUCUACGGGGCUGCCAUGAUCACAUACAUGCGGCCACAGGCCUACCACUCCUCCAAGCAGGACAAAGUGGUCUCUGCCUUCUACACCAUGAUCACCCCCAUGCUCAACCCUCUUAUUUACAGUCUAAGGAACAAAGAAGUGACUGGGGCCCUGAGGAAACUCCUGGGAAAGUGUCCCUGUGGCGGUGGGGCUCCUGGUUGA